UGUCAAUGGAGGUCAUGUGUUUUCAAAAUCAAAGUGCAGGUUGCUCCUCCCCAAUCUGUUGUUCCCUUUCACGAUGACCCUUGGCCUAUGGUCAUCGCCAGUGCCUCGCCUACUCACGCACAAGGGCAUUUGUCUAUCAGCGUCUGUGUCGCAGCGCGCUAACCGACCAAUAACACGUACAUACUCCAGCGCAAGUCCCGCCUCCCCGCUAUCCCGACCCUACCAGUUUCAUUUUGGUGCUAGCUGGGCGGCGAAGCCCCCAGAAAAAUCGCGCAUUCAUGUUCCUUUCCCACCAGACAGUACGGUAGGACGCUGGCGAGACAAGAUGCUUGGAAAAUGGAAAAAUACGACGAGCGGGGAUGCAGGAGAGGACUUUUUCUUCGUGACGGAGAUGCAAAAUAGUUCGGGAGUGUCAUUUGGUGUUGCUGAUGGUGUGGGAGGAUGGGUUGACUCAGGCGUUGACCCGUCACUUUUUGCCCAAACACUCAUGUACCAUGCACAUCGUUACUCGCGACAUGGAUGGGCUGGUGAACCAGAAAUUGAUCCAACUCAAGAGUACGAGGAGCGUGAAAGAGUUGAAGGAUGGGAGUUAACACCGUACAAAUGUCUUGAGUGCGCCUACCACGGUGUAUUGCGUGAGCGUCUUGUCAAUGCAGGAUCCAGUACUGCUUGUUUAAUCAGUCUUAACGCAUCAUCAGGUGUAUUGCGAGCUGCAAAUCUUGGUGACAGUGGAUUUCUAAUCAUCCGAUCGUCUUCGGUAAUAUACCGACAACCACCACAAACCCAUUUCUUUAAUUGCCCAUACCAGCUCACGAAAUUUCCGCCUGACAUGGUACCGUCCUCUCAUUUUGCCGAUCGACCAAAUCGGGCUGCUCAGUAUGAGACCAAACUUCGGGAUGGGGAUAUUAUCAUUGCAUUCACUGACGGACUCUCUGACAAUGUCUUUACACCUGACAUCGUCGCUAUCUGCUCUCUUGUAGCUCGCUCAGGUGGCUCUGAAGAUGUACAAGCGCAGAUGAUGGCUAACCGCAUUAUUGAGUAUGCACAAGUGUGCAUGCGAGAACGGAAGAAGAUGACCCCAUUUUCACGCGAAGCCUUGCGAGAAGGACUUUAUUACCGAGGAGGGAAAAUUGACGACGUUACGGUUGUGACAGCUAUAGUGCGCGAGGCCGUAUGAUGACUGAGCGCGACCUUCAUUGAAGUGUACACAUGGAUAAUUGAUGCAACAAUUCAUAUCACAUCUAUUACUAAUUACUCAGCGCCAUUUUUGGACUCUUGCAAUAUCAUGAACUUUUUGUUAUAGCCCGAGCUCGCCUGGCAUGAUGAGGAGAGGUCACCGGUCACCUUACUUGGUAGUAGGCUUCACUUAAUGAUAGAGG